AUGAAGAAGCCCAGCGCCGCCACUAUUACGUCAUCAUGUACCAUCUUGUUGUUGAUGACACUGAGUGCAAUAUCGAGCGCAUCCGCCAAUGUCUACGCCAUCCAAUUGCACCCACGUGACGCACGGCACAAAAGCCGCCGUUCCUUAUUGGAAGCUCACGACAACAAUAAUAAGCUGUACAACGAUGGAGGCAUGGACUACUUUGGAUCCAUUGCCAUUGGAAAUCCUCCUCAGACGUUCCGCGUCUGCUUUGACACUGGAUCCAGCAACUAUAUUGUGGUCCCUCAAGUGAACUGUUCGUUCUGCUGGGACCGUGACGGCCAUGCCAAGGACAUGUACAAUCAUCAAGUCUCCACUACUGCCACGGGCAUCUUUAGCACGGACGAUGUCACGUUGGCUCCCGGUGUGGUAGCGCAAGGACAGCGCUUUUUGGAAGCCAUGGGCGAGCAAGGGAAUUUGGGCACCUUUUGGGACGAUGGCAUUGUCGGAUUGGGGUUUCCGGCUCUGGCGUCACCCGGAUCGCUGCCGAUUAUGGAAACACAGAUACGACAAAAUCAACUGGACCAGCCUAUAUUUUCCUUUUAUUUGAAUCCCCAUGGACCCGGAGAGCUGACACUGGGAGGCUACAAUCCGCAGAGAUUUGACUGCCAUCUUCGGUUUUCCAAAGUCGUCCAACCCGCCUAUUGGCGCAUUGUCGUGGAUCAGGUGGUGGGCAAAGUGGGUGGUCGGGAGUAUUCCGUGACGUCCACAUUUUCGACCAUCCUUUCGGCCAUUGUGGAUUCGGGCACAUCCCAAAUUGUCGGACCUUUGGAAGAUGUCCAAGCAUUGGCAGCUUUGGCGGGUGCUUCCUUUUACGGUUCUGGCGGCUACUGGCUGGACGAUUGUGCCAAUCUAGUGCCGGAUGUUUCCUUUCGAAUCGAUGGACACGACUAUGUGAUUCAGGGCGAGGAUUUGAUUACCCCGUACCAGCUUUCGGACGGGAACUACCUGUGUCACUUGGACAUGAGUGCUUCUAGCAGUACUUCCACUUGGAUUUUGGGAUAUCCCUUUAUGAGGCAAUACUACACUGUCUUUAACUAUGGCGAGCAGAAAGUUGGAUUUGCUCCUGUGCGCCGACCACAUCAAGAAGACUCGGGUUCCAGAGGUGGUACGAGUGGCAGCACCAGCAGGAAGAAGAAGGGUUGGAUGGAAUUGCUGAGUCAAAGUGUGGCAUUGAAACCCUCCUUCCUGGCGCUCGGUCAAGUGCGUCGUCUCUGA